UUUGCGCAGGCGCGCGCUGGAAGGAACCUUCAGGGAUGGAGGGACAGGGUGGCGGAGGUUCCGUGUCCAACGUGGAGCUGUGUAACUUGGCUUACGCGGGGCAGCUGGAGGAGGUCAAGGAGCGGCUGCACGCCAACCGGAGCCUGGCGACACGCGCCGAUCAGGACAAUAGGACAGCUCUACAUUGGGCCUGUUCAGCUGGUCAUUCGGAUAUUGUUGACUUUUUGCUAAGUCUGGGAGUGCCUGUUAAUGACAAGGAUGAUGCUGGCUGGACCCCUUUGCAUAUUGCUGCAUCGGCCGGCCGGGAUGAAAUUGUGAAAGCUCUCCUUCAGAAAGGCGCUCAGGUGAACGCCACCAAUCAGAAUGGUUGCACCCCGCUGCAUUACGCCGCGUCGAAGAACAAGCAGGAGAUUGCGCUGAUGCUGCUGGAGAACAAAGCUAAUCCAGAUGCAAAGGAUCACUUGGCCUCAACACCGUUACACAGAGCAGCCUCCAAAGGGAAUCAGAAAAUGAUACAGAUCCUUCUGAAGCACAAUGCUUCGGUCAACUUACAGGACUCUGAAGGAAACACGCCUCUCCACUUAGCAUGCGAUGAAGAGCGAGUGGACGAAGCGAAGCUCCUGGUGUCCCAUGGGGCGAGCAUCGACAUUGAGAACAAAGAAGAAAAGACCCCUUUGAAGGUUGCAAAAGGAGGUCUGGCCUCCAUCCUCCGAAGGCUGGCUGAGGGGUAACUGCUAUGGGCAACCUAAAUUCCUUUCUCCGUAAAGCUAUGAAAGACUGUUCAUAAGAGGGUUUUAAAAAGAAAAAUCAGUCUGAAUCUGCCACAACUUGAAUUUUUAUUGUACUGUAGCUGCUUUCUACUUUCCCAUCUGACCAUCCUCCGAAAAAGUCUCCUUGUGUUAACAAAACUUAACGACUGUUCUUUUGCCAAAUCUCGUUGUCCUGUUGGAAAGCAGUUUCAAAAUAACUCUUUCCGCCUGCUUUCAUAUAGGAAAGGAAUCUGACCUCUUAUCUUGCAAGAAGAGGUAAAUAAAAGGAAGACUGUUACCUGUAAAAACGGGCCCUGUAUUCAAGAGUUUCCCAACCUUUCUGGCAUUGCAGCCCAGGCGGGGUGGGGGAUGGUUCCGCAGAGCAUGGGCAGGUCCGUUGCACGAGAGGCAGGCACACAAGCCUGCCGCUCGCACAGAUGGAGCACACGAUUUUGUCCAUUACUCACGCAAGCUGCGAUGUAUGCACGCACACCACUUCUGCGCCCCAGUUCUGAACGCCUUGAGGCCUACUAGUGGGCCACAGCCCAGGGUUGGGGGGCCCUGCUUCAGGUCAUUUUCUUGUGAAUUUAGUAAAAGUCAAAAGCUCAUGUGUGGUGACUCAGAAAUUGAGCAUGCCUGGCCAAAAGUCAAAGCUGCAGAAUCUCUUGCCCUCCAGAAAUGGUUGAACUACAAUUCCCAGCAGCCAACUGGGAGCAGCAGUAGAGAAUUCUGGGAAUUGUACAUCUGGAGGGCCACUGGUUUCUGCUGCCUCCCUGGAUUUUUUUAUUGUAAUAUUUUUGAAGUCUUUUUGCAAGUAUCGUUGGCUUCCUCCUCCUACCUCCUGUAUGCAGUAAAUAAUCGGAAUUGAGCAUUAUGGAUAGGAAGCUGAUAGAUUUAAACUUAGUUCGGGAAAGGUGCAGGUAGCAUAAAUUGUUCCUUGCGAAUAAAAGCUAACACAGUUGA